AUGAGGCCUGAUGAGGGAUCAAUCGAUCUGGGACCGAUCGACGUUCGAUCCUCGAGGCAUCCAGUAAUGGAGGAUGAGGUCAAUCGCGACAAGCGGCGCCAGUCUGCGGAAAAGCAGAAGACCGCAAAGGACUUAGACAAGAAAAAGGAAAAGAAGAAGAAUCUCGAUCGCCAAGCGUUAGAGGCGUGUCGAGCAAAGUCUAGGCAAAGGGGGGAGCCUGAGGAAGAAUCCCCCAAUGAGGAUGAUGGCAGUGAUGGUGACGACGACAACGAUGAUUCGGAGGGAAUGGCGUCCCAUCUCGACCGGAUCGUCGAAGGCCUGCCUCCGACCGGCGUCCACGUCCCGCGGACGGUAGUCCCAAAGGGGGCGCCAAACGAGUCUCGUGAAAGUCAGCGGAGGGAGCCGUCCCCGCGCCGCUCCCGCGCCGACACUCCUUCAGAGCCGGCGCCAGGUCGGAGUGUCUCCCGCCCCCAACCUCCUCCCGCGUCUAAGGCGGGCCAUCAGGUCAAGUCCCUGACGGCGGGGCCACUGACUCGUGGCCGCGCUGCGGCUUCCAGCAAGGGGGGAACGGAUCGCAGGAGCGCCAGCCCAGGCGCUGGCCAGGCGGGAGAUGCUGAGCCGAGGCCGACGCCUGCUCGAGAGGUGCUUGGAGCUUUGACGCGGGGCGGUUCGAGGCCCGCCGGUCGAGGUACCGGCAGGCGGGUCGUUCUCCCUGUGGGGUUGGAGCGGACACUCGAACAAGCCCAGCCCUCGAUGGCCAAGAGGCUUAAGGUGGGAGCAACCUCCAAGGACUCAGGCUCCUCCAACCCCCGGCCACCGACUUGUGUCGACGGUGCUCUGCCCCGUCCAUUGGUGGGGGAGUCUGCUCCACCGUCGCCGAAACGGAUCGAGGUGCCUCGUCCUCAUAAACAGGAGGGAGCCCCCGAGCCUCCCCUCUCUGGGGUCGAGGAGGAUCCUACCACAAUAAGUGACGGGUCUGGCGGUGACGGUCCUUCCAAAGACACCCGCCCCAUGGACGAGGAGGUCGAGGCCUCUCCCACCACAAAGCGGACGCCUUGGCCCAUCUGGCUCCAUUCUGUCGAGGAGCGGAGGAAGAAAGAGGAGGAGGAGCGUGAGCGGGAAACGUGGCAAUGGCCACAGGAGGGGCAGCAGCAGCCGCAACAGGAGGAAAAGGAGGAAGGGCGGCAGCCAGAUGGUCCCCAGCUCGAGGAGCUACUGGAGCAGGACCGGCAGCAGGAACUGCGAGAGCUCUAG